GCCCUCCUGGGCUACACUUUGCAGGCUGAAGAGGAGAUUGCAAGAUGAAAACUCUGCUGUUGAUCCUGGGGGUGGUGGCAUUCGUGUACCUGGAGCCAGGAUACAGUCUGAACUGUCGCUAAUGCAAUCAAACUGUUUGUGAUCUCGAUAUGAGUUGUGAAGAAGGGGAGAAUUUAUGCUUUAUAAUGCAGAAUGAUAGUGACACAACAGGAGUCUACACUAUCCAAGGAUGUGCUUCGACUUGCCCUCCUAGUGCACAAAAUCAAACAGUUAAGUGUUGCCCGACCAACUAUUGCAAUACCUUUCUCAACAGUGGCUAAUUUGUUUCACUUUUCUUUCAUCCAUCAUGGACCAUCCUUGAAGAUUUACGCUUCUGGCCUUUACCACAAGAUGGUUGAUAAUCCCCUCCCUCCCCUGCUUUCUUAGUCACCUCACCAUCCUUCCCUUUUCUCUCGUUCCGCAGCCUUCGUUCUGCUAGUUCUGUAGUUUGAGAAUCAAAUAAACUUCAGCAUUCAACUCAA